CCUAUGGAUCCUCAAAGGGAGUCGCCUUUUCUCCGCCUCCCAGGCGAACUUCGCAACCAAAUCUACAAUGCAGCCCUCGCGACACGCUCCCCGAUCAUAGACCCAGGCGCCCCCUCCCACCACACCUCUACGCCACCAUUAUGCCUCCCCCUCAUCCGCACCUGCCGUGCUGUUUAUGCCGAGGCUAGUUUGGGCCCUCUUUUCGCCUUGAAUCGCUUCCACUUCACCGCCGUAACGCACGCGCACCUCUUCCUUUCCAACCUCACUCCCGCCCAUCGCGCGUUUAUUCAAGAUAUAGAGGUGGAUGUGCGAAGCGUACACGCCCAGCCUGGGGAGUGGGCGACGUAUCUAGACUCGAGUCUGAGCGGUAUCGGGAAGCUGGGCUCAUUGAGGACGGAUGCGCCGGGGUUGAAGGUGUUGCGGUUGAAUUUCAGCGCGUGGCCUACGAUUGGACUUAGUAGGGCGGAAUUGGGGCAGCUGUUAAGGCAGAUGGUAACGGGUGUGGCUGGGUCAGGCCUAGAACGGUUGGUUGUCAUGGGUGCGAGUCGAGGAGAGACGAUGGCGAGGAGGGACCCGUGGAGUCCGGUGCAUUACGUAGGCGCUGAUGAC